CACAGACUUCUGGGAAGGUUUAACAAUGCCCUGCAAGAUCAAGGCCAGCAAUCUCUGAUAUAGGCGGAUUUCAGCUUGAAGAGCUUUUAUUUUGAACUUCGUAUGUAUUUUUUGCAGAGGCGAAAAUAAUGAUCAACUUCCUGUUGCUGUUCAGUCGGCAGGGGAAGCUGCGGCUGCAGAAGUGGUUCACGCCCCUAUCAGAGCGUGAGAAGAAGAAGGUGAUCCGGGACAUGACUAUGUCAGUAUUGGCCCGUCCGCCACGCACUUCCAACUUCCUGCAGUGGAGGGACCUGAAGAUUGUUUACAAGAGGUACGCCAGCCUGUAUUUCUGUGUUGGCCUGGAAGAGAAGGACAACGAGUUGUUGGCUCUGGAGAUGAUCCACAGAUAUGUUGAAUUGUUGGAUAAAUACUUUGGUAAUGUGUGCGAGCUGGACAUCAUCUUCAACUUUGAGAAGGCUUACUUCAUCCUGGAUGAGUUUCUGAUGGGUGGAGAAAUCUUAGAAACCUCCAAGUUUGCUGUGGGUGGGUCUGUGGAGGAGGCGGACACCCUUCAAGAGACUAUGGAGGAGUAUAUGAGCAAACCUGCCUACUGAGCUGCGAGAAGAUGACAGCGAAUCCUGUUUCUCUGUUAAUGAACGUCAUCGUCUGGACGUCGUGUGACUCAAAAAUCAAGUUUUAAAACCCCCUCCUGCCCGCCCACGCAAAGACGAGCUUAAAGAGGCGUGAGUGGGCGGAGGAUUAACUGGAGAAACACUAGACAGUAAGGAAAAAAAUAACGUCAAUGCUUUAUUCAUCUCAGGUUUGUCACAUAUUACCACAUUUAAGAAAAGUUACCAAAAAACACAAAUGAGUGUGAGCCUGUCUGUGUGUGAGGCUGGUGAGACGCACGAACGAGUCGUCAAGCAACGGAUGUUUCACUCAGAAGAACGUCACGUGAAUGUGUCAACACUCAUUUCUGCUAAUAAAUACAAAGUUUUUGUAAACCUACGGAA